CUCUCCACGCGGGGCUGUGCCGCCUGCAGCCCGCUCUGAGGACCACCCCCUCCGGGUGCCGCCUCUGCCCUCCUGGUGUGCUCCGAGUCCCCCCUCUUCCCGUGGAAAUCCUAUUUGGGAUUGUUUAAUGUUCCGAAGAGGGAAGGGGGUGUCGGACGCCUGGGCAGCAGAGGGACCGAGCGUGGUGUAAAGGAAUUCACUAGCCAUGGAUGCAUUCAUGAAAGGGCUGUCAAAGGCCAAGGAGGGAGUCGUGGCUGCUGCUGAGAAAACCAAACAGGGUGUGGCAGAAGCAGCAGGAAAGACAAGAGAGGGUGUUCUCUAUGUAGGCUCCAGAACCAAGGAAGGAGUGGUCCAUGGUGUGACAACAGUGGCUGAGAAGACCAAAGAGCAAGUGACGAAUGUUGGAGAGGCGGUGGUGACAGGGGUGACCGCAGUCGCACAGAGGACAGUGGAGGGAGCAGGGAACAUCGCGGCCGCUACUGGCUUUGGCAGAAAGGACCAGGUGGGCAAGAGUGAAGAAGGAGCUCCACAGGAAGGAAUUCUGGAAGAUGUGCCCGGGGAGCCUGACGAGACUUAUGAAAUGCCUUCUGAGGGAGGUUAUCAAGACUACGAACCUGAAGCCUAAGAAAUCUCUUUGCUCCCAGUUUCUCAAGAUCUGCUGACAGAUGUUCCACCCUGUACAAGUGCUCAGUUCCAACAUGCCCAGUCAUUUUCCCAAAGUUUUUACAGCGUAUUUUGGAUUCUUCCAUCAGCAGUGAUUGAAGUAUCUGUACCUGCCCCCACUCAGCAUUUCGGUGCUUCCUUCUCACUGAAGUGAAUAUAUGGUAGCAGGUCCCUGUGUGCUGUGUGGAUAUUGUGGCUUCAAAUAAAAAAUGUUAAAACAAAUUAAAAACACCUAAGUGACUACCACUUAUUCCUAAAUCUUCACUAUUUUUGUUGUUGUUGCUCUUG